AUGGCAGAAAUAAGCAGCUGGUAUUACACAAGAGAAGAGAUAGAAAAAAACUCUCCAUCGAGACUCGACGGUAUCAGCAUUAAGGAAGAAACUUUCCAACGUUGGUCUUACACUUCAUUCCUUCAAGAGCUUGGUCAGAGACUAAACAGUCCUCAGAGGUCUAUAGCAACAGCGAUUGUCUUAUGUCAACGGUUCUUCACUCGCCAAUCACUCGCAAAGAACGACCCUAAAAUAGUCGCCACCAUCUGUAUGUUUAUCGCUGGAAAAGUCGAAGGGUCUCCAAGGCCGGCUGGUGAUGUCCUCCUUUUCUCUUACAUGGUUUUGUUCAAUAUAGAACCGUUGAAAGAUGUGUUCGAGAGAUUGAAGGUCACUGUGUUGAUAGGAGAGAAGCUUGUGCUCUCUACAUUAGGAUGUGAUCUCGACAUCGAACACCCUUAUCCACUAGUGAUGGAUUGGAUUAAGAAAUCGGUUAAGGCCGAGGAUUUUAGGCGUUUGUGUCAGGCUGCGUUUAACUUCGUCAAUAACACACUACGGACGUAUCUUUGCCUACAAUUUGGACCUUGUCAGAUCGCUGCUGCUGCUAUAUACCUCGGGUUGAGCAUGUGUAAGAUGAAGUUACCUUGUGAUGGAGAUAAAGCCUGGUUUCAAGAGUUCGGUAUUACGAAACGUCAACUGGCAGAAAUUUGCGACCAGACUCUUGAUCUUUAUGUUCAAGACUUUGUCAUUCCGAGAGGUGACUGCAAACAGAUCAAGAUUGAUGAAACAAGAUCUUCUCAGGGUCUUCAAGGUCAUCAAAAUGAUAAGGGAAAUUGUCAAACGUAG